UACCAUGUGAAGACCAUGUGGUACCCCGAGAUCAAACACUUCUGCCCCCGUGCUCCUGUCAUCUUGGUGGGCUGUCAGCUGGACCUGCGCUACGCUGACCUGGAGGCAGUCAACAGGGCGCGGAGGCCUUUAGCUCGACCCAUUAAAUCGAAUGAGAUUCUUCCUCCAGAGAGAGGUCGGGAGGUCGCCAAAGAGUUGGGAGUGCCCUAUUACGAAACCAGUGUCGUUGCUCAGUUCGGAGUCAAGGACGUCUUUGACAACGCUAUCCGAGCUGCGCUCAUAUCACGCCGACACCUGCAGUUUUGGAAAUCUCACCUCAGAAACGUGCAGCGGCCUCUCCUUCAGGCACCCUUCCUGCCGCCGAAACCUCCCCCACCUAUAAUAACUGUGCCUCCUCCCCCAACCACCACAGAGGAGCAUCCGGUCGGCCUGCUGGAGGACCCACACUGUGCUGAUGUCAUUCUGGUUUUGCAGGAGCGACAAAAAAUCUUUGCACACAAGAUAUACCUGGCGACUUCCUCUUCAAAGUUCUACGACCUCUUCAUUAUGAAUACGCAAAAUGAAGAGAACGAAAGGCCCACUCGCGGUCCUCUCUCUGGCAGAGAGCUGCUGAUGCGCGCUGCUAGCUUCGAUGUUUGCGAGAGCUUUGAUGAGGGAGACAGGGCCAACCUGAGGAACUGCACUAGCGACGGGACCUUGAAGGACUCACAGGGGGGCCGGAGGGGCAAGCUGCUCUCCUCCUGGAGCCGAGCCUUCGUCAGCAUCCAGGAGGAGGUGGUCGACGACCCUCUAACAUACUGCCCAAGGCCCAUGACUGUUGUGCACAUGGACCCGUCCAUGCAGCUGGGUCCUUUCCGAGCAGUGCUGCGCUACCUGUACACAGGUCAGCUGGACGAGAAUGAGAAAGAGUUAAUGCACAUUGCACACAUUGCUGAGCUGCUGGAGGUCUUUGACCUGCGGAUGAUGGUGGCAAACAUACUUAACAAUGAAGCCUUCAUGAACCAAGAAAUCACCAAAGCCUUCCAUGUACGGCGCACAAACAGAGUCAAAGAGUGCUUGGCUAAAGGCACCUUCUCUGACGUAGUAUUCAAGCUAGACGAUGGGACGAUCAUGGCUCACAAACCGCUGCUCAUCUCUAGUUGUGACUGGAUGGCAGCUAUGUUCGGCGGGCCUUUUGUGGAGAGCUGCACAAAAGAGGUGCUGUUUCCCAACACUACUCGCAGCUGUAUGAGGGCUGUGUUGGAAUAUCUCUACACAGGGCGGUUUUGCUCUCGGACUGACUUGGAUGCAAUGGAGCUGAUUGUUCUCGCCAAUCGUCUUUGCCUCCCCCACCUGGUUGCACUUACAGAGCUCUACACAGUAACAGUGUUGACGGAGGCAGCAAUGAUGGGAGCUGACAUUGAUGGAGAUGUGCUGGUGUACUUGGAUAUGGCCCAGUUCCAUGGAGCGCAGCAGCUUACAGGCUGGUGUCUUCACCACAUCUGCACCAACUACAACAGCGUCUGCCGCAAGUUUCCCCGAGACAUGAAGUCCAAAUCUACAGAGAACCAAGAAUACUUUGAGAAACAACGCUGGCCCCCCGUGUGGUACCUCAAAGAGGACGACCACUACCAAAGAGCCCGGAAAGAGCGCGACAAGGAGGACUACCUGUAUCAGAGGCGCCAGUGUAAACGCAAGUGGAUUUUCUGGAACCUUCCCUCCUCCCCCAACUCAAACUCUUCCUCCCCUGGCUCGUCCGCCGUCAUCUGA